AAGAAGAAAAAAAACCCAAAUUAUAUCUUCUUACACUUUGUGGCAAAAGAAAUUCCCCUUUUUGCAAAUCUACCUACCUACCUACCCAUCACAUAUUUGUCAUGUUAGACACAUUUUGUAUCACAGAUGGUCAGAGACCCCUUUGUGUGCUCGUAACAGCCAAGUUGACUUUUCUCUAUAUAAACUAAGCUUGUCUACUUCCUCAACCAUCAGUUUGAAUACAACAGCGAACGUGAAAGCUUAAAGAAAGCUACACCUCCAAAAUUUAUGAGUCAUUAGCUCUCUGUAGAAGCAAUUCCAUUAAAUAAAACAACAACAAACCACAAUGAAAUUGAUUAAUAUUGUAAUUUUUGUGGCCUUGCUCUUGGCUGUAUUCGCAGGUCAAGGUGAAGCUGGAUGGCUUAAAAAGUUUGGCAAAAAAAUUGAACGUGUGGGUAAACAUACUCGGGAUGCCUCCAUUAAAGCGAUCGCUAUCGCCCAACAAGCGGCUAAUGUUGUUGCAACAUUAAAAGGAUAGUUUAAAUUGAAAUUGCCAGCAUUUUUUGUACAAAUUAGUUUAAGUUAGUUUUAUUUUAUUUAUUUGCUCAAUUUUGGUAAUCUAUAAGAUUACCAUUUAUAAAAUUACAUUAGAACUACAGCAUUUAGACUAAAGUCUAGCAUCUACAUUAUGUAUACUAAGAACGCUACUUUAUGAUUCCAGAUAAGUAAUUUUAUAUUGUCAAAAACAAAAUAAAAAAUAAAAAUCUUAUAUAUAAAAAUCAA